AUGCAUGAGGUUGUGACGCUGCAGUUCGGCCAGCAGGCCAACUACCUAGGCACGCACUACUGGAACACACAGGAAUCGUACUUCACCUACGCUGGCGAAGACGAGUCUCCAGUCGAUCACGAUGUCUCAUUCCGUCCUGGCAUUGGCGCUGAUGGUGCCGAAACGUACACACCGCGUACCCUGAUUUACGACUUGAAAGGAGCAUUUGGCACUUUACGUCGAGAGAAUGCCCUGUACCAGCUUCAACAGCAGGAGGACCCUGCACGGGAAGGCCAAUGGAGCGGCAGUACGAUGUCCCUCCAGCUUCCACCUAUUGCUCCCAGCGCCUAUCAGCAGGCGCUUGAUGCAGGCCUUGAAGCACCAACACUAACCACAGAGACUGUUCGAUUCUGGUCAGACUGCAACCACGUAUUCUACCACCCUCGUAGCAUUGUGCAGCUGAACGAGUACGAGCUGAAUAGCUCUUUGAUGCCGUUCGAGCAGUGGCAAAAGGGCGAGGAGCUGUUUGCAAAUCUUGACCGCGAGCACGACCUACUUGACCGGGACCUGAGGCUGUUCCUGGAAGAGUGUGAUCAGUUACAAGGUAUUCAGAUUUUCUCGGGCACAGAUGAUGCUUGGGGAGGGUUCGCAUCCAAGUAUGUGGAACGUCUUGCAGAUGAGCUUGGCAAGGGCUGCCGAUGGGUCUUUGGUCUACAAGAUACUCAGCGAGCAGCAAGAGAGCAGCAAAUGCUGCGUUUGGCCAACGCCGCGCAGUCAUUAUAUGCGCUCGAUCCGUCCGCAAGUCUGCAUGUUCCUCUCGGCAGCAUACCGGGGUCUCUACCGGGCUAUGCAUCAAUUGAUGGCACAAGCAGAUGGCAGACUUCAGCCCUCCAAGCGACCGCUGUGGAGACAAUGACUCUGGCGACGCGGCUACGCAGUGCUCAGCAUGCCCGAGCCACUUUCAACAACAUGGAAUCAGUGCUUAAUGGCAACGGCAUGCGUCGUAUUGCGGCUUGCUCGCUGUCGGUCGACGACGUGGCAAAUCUAGAGAAGCAGAACCAACCUAAUGGCCAUCACGAUCCUCGCAUGACAAAUGGAGUCAGUGAGCAUGAUGACGACGACGAUUCCGAUGAUGACAAGCAUGAUAUCGACAUGUUUCCUGAAAUGUCUCCUGGUACAACAUCUGGCAGACAGAGCAGAGGAAGAGUGCAUCUCUUCAGCAAGAUUGGCUCCCUUCGAGGACCUUGGAAGACUCCGACUGAGAUACAUGAUGCGAGCGAACGCCUUCACGAUCGUUUCUCUGCUCAAGCUCCUCGCAUAUCGCUGCAUCAAUCUGGUCUUCUCCAUCCAAUACUUCCAUCCUAUCCGAGCAUCUUUCGGAUACCCGGCCGCCCGCAGAAGCUGGCCAUCGAUGCUGUACUCACAACCAACACAGCAAUCGCGAGCCAUGUGAGAGCUGUUGAGAAUGUGGCGCGCCGCAUGGUAGGAGUGGAAGACCGCGAGGCGCUCUGUGAUGGCCUGUCCACUAUUGCAGAAGAGUAUGAGGACGGCUGGGACAGCGAUGACUUGAGCGACUGA